AUGGCGCCAGGUGCUAGUCUUAUAACAAAGCUCAAGGUUCAGCUAAAGCUCACCAUCGCGCGGUUGCGCAUGGUUCAGCAGCGCGAUGAACAGCUUGGAAAGACCGCGCGACGAGCCAUGGCUCAGCUCCUCGAGGCCGGAAAGGAAGACUCAGCCCGCAUUCGCGUCGAGAACAUCAUUCGAUCCGACAUCACCUCCGAGCUUCACGAGAUGCUCGAGCUUUACUGCGAAUUGCUACUUGCUCGUGCUGGGUUGAUGGAAGGACAUACCGUUGAUCCUGGUUUGGAGGAGGCUAUUCAGAGUCUGAUAUAUGCAGCGCCCAAGACGGAGAUCAAAGAGUUGGCUACGGUGAGGACGCUAUUUGCGGAGAAGUAUGGAAAGGACUAUGUUCUUGCGGCGACGGAAAAUACAGAUGGAAAGGUCAACGAGAAGGUUGUCAAGAAACUCAGCGUCACGCCCCCGCGCGAAGAGCUUGUGGUGGGAUACCUGGAAGAGAUUGCCAGAGCGUAUGGAGUAGACUGGCCCAAGCGGGAAGCAGUCUCACCACCCCCCGAACUCCUCGACGACGAUGAUGAUGACGACGACGACCAAGGCGGCCAGAAGCAAAAGGUUCUCGAAACACCUCUCGCAGCAGAUUCCCAAGAUCCAGUGUUAAACACACCAGUUAAGAAGCUAGCUGGCGGUGGUCCUACGAGUCCUUUGACAGUGACACCGCCGCGGAUGACGACCGACAACAUACAUCCCAAGGUGACGCUUGAUUCAGUAGAGCUGAAGCCGAGUAAGAAGGCUGAACCAGCGGCGAGGAAGGGCGAGCCUGAUGGAUCGAUUCCGGAUCUUGGAGAUUUGGAGAGAAGGUUUGCGGCGCUGAAGAAGCGAUGA